AAUACCCAAUAUUGAAAGUACCGCUACUUUGCAGCUAGAGAUGGACUUAUAUAUAGUCGCAGCAAGUUUAGGUUCACGCACUAUCGACUGCUUUAGAUCGAUACCCGUGUAUCGACACCGCCCGACCCUCCCGACUCCUUGCUCAGUCGUUGAAAAGUAAUCGUACAGUUCGGACAUCAGUUUACCUGACGGAAUAAAAAGUUGAUCUAAUUGCGUUCGUUGUGGGAAUCAAAAAAGUAAAAUUUUCCACACAAUAAAAAAUGGCACGUACCAAGCAAACUGCCCGUAAAUCCACUGGAGGCAAAGCACCUCGCAAACAACUGGCCACCAAGGCUGCCCGCAAGUCGGCCCCAUCCACUGGCGGCGUUAAGAAGCCCCAUCGUUAUCGGCCUGGCACCGUGGCGCUGAGAGAAAUUCGUCGCUACCAAAAGUCCACGGAGCUGCUCAUCCGCAAGCUGCCCUUCCAGCGUUUGGUUCGUGAAAUUGCCCAAGAUUUCAAGACCGAUUUGCGUUUCCAGUCGGCCGCCAUUGGUGCAUUGCAGGAAGCGUCGGAGGCCUAUUUGGUUGGUCUUUUCGAGGACACCAAUUUGUGCGCCAUUCAUGCCAAGCGUGUGACCAUCAUGCCCAAGGACAUUCAGCUGGCCAGACGCAUCCGCGGUGAGCGCGCCUAAUCGCCGUGUCCGCCAUCUUUAAUUAGAAAAGCAGCGCAGUUGCUGCUGUUACUGUCAACUAUAUUGAGAAAAACAAUGACAAUAGCGGCGUCGAAAAUUGCAGCUGCUGCUUAGAAUUAAGUUUCUUAUUAUACUUAAAAUAUAAGUGAAAGAUCAUUUGGACCGUCUAAACUUAAUAAAAUAAAAAUACACUUCUUUUUCUUGUGUAAAACUUUUUGCUCCAAA